AGCGGUUCAGCGGAUAGCGGUGUCGGGUGUUGUGUUGUGUGCGUGAAUAUUGUGCUCGCUCGUACUUUUUGGCCCUAGUAGAGUAAUUUUCAUAAAAUUUUUCAAAAGAAAUCCAUUUAGAGGGUUAUUAUGAGUACCCCAGUGAAAAAAGUUCCCAUCCAUUUACAGAGCUCCCAAAACCGACUUGUAAUCAAAAAUGGUAAAAUAGUAAAUGAAGACGGCAUUACGGAGGAAGAUGUUUACAUCGAAGAUGGUAUUAUCAAGGAAAUCGGGAAGAACCUCAUUAUUCCAGGCGGAACAAGAACGAUUGAUGCUAGAGGAAAAUACAUAAUACCCGGAGGCAUUGACCCUCAUACACACUUCGAGUUCGAGUUCAUGGGUGCCAAAUCGGUUGACGACUUUUAUCAGGGUACUAAAGCAGCAAUUGCUGGUGGAACGACAAUGAUAAUCGACUUCGCGUUUCCCAAACCAGGAGAGUCAAUAUUAGACUGUUUUUAUAGCUAUCGUCAAAAGGCUGAUGACAAAGUUUGCUGUGACUACGCUCUGCACAUGUGUUUACCUCAUUGGUCUGAUCAAGUUAAAAGAGAAAUGGAGAUACUAUGUAAAGAACAUGGUUUAAACUCUUUUAAAAUGUUCAUGGCCUACAACUUUAUGCUAAAUGACGCAGAACUCUAUAGUGCUUUCGAUCAAUGCCAAAAAUUAGGUGCUGUAGCUCAAGUACACGCUGAAAACGGCUCAAUUAUAGCUAAGAAUGUGGAAAAACUUUUAGCUAAGGGUAUUUUGGGACCAGAAGGGCAUGAACUGUCUAGACCAGAAGAAGUAGAAGCUGAGGCUGUUAAUAGAGCUUGUGUUAUCGCAAAACAGGUAGAUUGCCCACUGUAUGUAGUGCAUGUUAUGAGUAAGCAAGCAGCACAGGCUUUGGCCGCUGCACGUGAUAGUGGCACACUAGUAUACGGCGAAACUUUAGUAGCCAGUAUUUGCAAAGACGGUAGCCAGUGUAAGCACCAGUGUUUUCAGCAUGCCGCUGGUCAUAUUCUUAGUCCGCCUCUUAGAUCUGAUCCCACCACCCCUCUUGCAUUAUUGAAUUCUUUAGCACAAGACGUUCUUCAAGUGGUAGGUAGCGAUAAUUGCACUUUUAACAAAGCACAAAAGGAACUGGGAAAAGAUAAUUUCACCAAAAUCCCCAAUGGAGUUAACGGCGUUGAAGACCGAUUGUCAGUUGUAUGGGAGAAGGGAGUACAUGCUGGAAUUAUAGAUCCUUGUCGGUUUGUAGCUAUAACCAGUACAAAUGCUGCUAAGAUAUUUAACUUAUAUCCGAGAAAAGGCUGCAUUGAUGUAGGGUCUGAUGCUGAUAUUGUUAUUUGGAAUCCAAAUGCCACAAGAACCAUAUCAGCCAAAACACAUCACCAAGCUGUGGACUUUAAUAUUUUUGAGGGCAUGGUUUGCCAUGGUGUACCAGAAUACGUAAUCGUUAAUGGGCGAGUUAUCGUAGAUGAAGGCCAACUGAGAGCUGUGCAAGGAUUUGGAAGAUUUAUCGAAACGCCAGUGUUUCCACCAUUUGUCUACGAUCCGGAAAAACUCGACUUAAUACGCAUAAAGAAUAUCAAUGUUGACGAGGAAAUUAAAGAUAUAAGAGAGCUUGAAAAGAUCCAGUUAGAAGAAAAAACCUGUUUAACACCUACUCUGCCAGAGUCUACAGUAAGCUCUCCUGGAGGAAAAGGACCUAGGCCUGAAGGGCAAAGAAAUAUACAAGACUCAACAUUUUCCAUUAGUGAAGAACUAGACCUCGAAAGGAAAUCUUGUAUCAGAGUAAAAAAUCCUCCAGGUGGCAAAUCGUCUGGUUUUUGGUAAGAUGAGGAACAAAGGCUUAUGAUAUUUGAAUAUCAUGUCACACCAAAUAUUUCGUUCUUUUUUCUAUUUUUUUUAUUUUAUAACAAUUAUAGUUAGUUAUGUUUGUUGCGUGUGAGCAUAUAUUUUGACACUGACGAACAAAUUAGGAUUAUAUUCUGUUGUUGUUAAAUAUUUUGUUGCUACCUACUUUAAAUCAAUUUGUGACAAACCCUAGGUAUGUUUUUACUUUAAUGCCAAAGCAAUUACUUACUUUAGUUUAUUUAUAAUUAGAUUUGUAACAUUACAUACAGUUAUGGCAACAAAGAGAAUAUCUUCAUAGUAGGCAAGUAUAAUAAAUUGUGUAAAUAAUGUAAACAUAUGCUUACAUUUCUUAUAGAUAAAAUAUUGGAAAAAUUAUCAUACAUACGGGAUCAAUUAAUUAAUUGUGUGUACGGAAGGUAUUACUUUAAUUGCCAUUACUGUACAGGAAGACUUUUUCAAGAUAUAGGCCUCGAGUACUGUUACAUUUCGUAUAUAACAAAGGUCUCAAAGGGGAAGAAUUUUACAAUUAUCAGAUAUUUCCAAACCAAAUAAAAGUAUGAAACCUUGCAUCCUGAUUUCACAAUACACCCUUAUAAUACCUAUAUAAUUUGUCAAAAUAAUCUACCUAUGUUUAGUUGAUUAUAAGAGUUAUUUAUUUAUUUAUUGUCAUUUUAUUUAUUUCUUUAGCAUUUUGUAAUACGUUUUAAUUAUUAAAUAUAUAUGUUAUGUUGAAUGAACAUCAAUUUUUAAGUUGUAUAUUUUUCAAUAUCUCUAUUAUCAGCUUUUGUUACCCAUGGUUUUAAUCUAAUAGUACACCUUUACUAGUCAUUUACCUAUAGCAGCUAAAACAAAAUGAUUAACACUGCCUUAGGUAUUUAGCAUAAUAGUACAUUUUAAGUAAUGUAUAUAUCAAAUAAUGAUUUGAAAAUAGUUAUAAAGAAAUAUUUUUACUGUGUUGGCUAAUGUAACUUUCGCUUUAAAUGUUUUUAUGUCGUGGCCUGUCACGAAAAGGAAAUUGAGGAUACAUAUGGGUAAUAUUAUAUUACAAAACUUGCAAUUCAUCGAAGAUACCUGAACAAAUAACACUUUAAUGCAAUUUUCUUGUAAGUAAUUUGGUACAUGUGCCGGCUUUUCGGACACCUAAUAGUGCCCAUAUUUCCCUUUCGUUACAUAUGUUUUGUCUAUUUUAUAAUGUGUGUGUUUAAAUAUUAUAGCUUUAUUGUUGUUGCAUAAUGCUUUAAUAUCUACAUACAUUUUCACAAUAAUGCCAAUCUAAUUAUUCAAUUUUAUCAUAGAUAUGUGCAGUUCUUUUCACGCCUUUUGGUGACUUGGUAGGAAUAUAAAUAUGUUUACUACAAACUACAACAUAGGAUGAUCCGUGAUUGACAUAUAUUGAAUAUUUUAAGAUAAUAAAAAAAUACGAAAAUAUCCCUAAUGGCGUUAUACCUAGGGAUUAUUCUUGAAGUUUUCCAGUAUUUUUAAAUAAUUAAAUAAAAGUACCAUUUUUUGUUAUGCGUUGUUUUUUUAAUUAUAGAGAAUAUAUGUGUAUGACGUGAUUGUAUGUUUAAAUUUAAUUUAAUUACAGUAAACUUCUUUUAAUUUGGUAUAUUCUAUUGCAGGCAUUACGGCAUGAUCUUUGUAAAGUUACUUAUUCCACUUUAACCGAAAGCAGAAACCAAGAUAACAUCUUUAAAGGUUUUCAUGUCUUAAGACUGUAGGAUUCUUUGACUUUCACAAAAGAUGUUAGUUUUGGUUACCAGAUGAACAAAAAUUCGGUAUUAAUAAAUGCAUAGACAAUACCUCGUCCGUCUGUACAUUCUCAGACAAUAUAGUUUAACUAACUAGUUUAACCGACUUUUCACCAUCUUUAACAUAAUAUCAUAAGGUCUGAUUUUAGUUUACCCUCUGAUCUUUUUGCUGAAAAGUAUAUUCAAAAUAAAUCCUUUAAUUUAAAAAAGUAGCGAUUUUUGUUGAAGAACUUCUUUUCAGACUGAAGGGUUCUCUUUCCUCUGUAUAAACACUACUUUAACUUAAAACUCUUCCUAUAUAAAAUUAUUAAAAAACCAAAGAAUACUUUUAUUGAAACAAUUAAGUAUAUUUAAUUUAUUAAAAAUUAAAGCAUUUAAUAACGCAGUUCCCAAAUCUGUACCAUAUGGUAACAAUAGCAUCACAUAACAAUUGGUCUUGAUGAUACGAUGUGUAGAGUUGCCGCCAUGCAAGAUUAAAUGAAGUUUACUGUAUUAGAAAAUAUAUUUUACCGCAGCGCUUAUAAUCUUAUCCAAUAACUAUAUUGCAAACGAAUAAUAAUGAGUUUUGUUGAGAGGAUAUUAAAAGGUGCAUAGCAGCUUUGAUUGAUAUUUAUUUAUUUAAUCCACGUUUUAUAAGGUGACUUUAACCUACCCAAUAACUACCAAUUAAAAGCUUAAAGCUUUAAAAACUGGUUUUAAGCAUUAAAAAAGCACCAUUAAGACUUAAAGUCGUAUUUACCAAAGACUAAAUAGCCUUACUUAUUUUCAUUGUGGACACAAUGCAAUAUUAAUAUAAUCUAGACAUCAGUUUAACCUUCAUGUAUUUCAUUAUGUAUAUGCAUGAAAUCUUAGAAAAAAUUUCUUCAUUUAUAAAGCGUUGCGUUUUAUAUUUUUUUAAUUAAUGGUUUUAUAUAAUACAUCACCAGUUUCCGAAAACUAAAAAUUUACGCUAGCGUUAAUAUAGUUUUAAUGAUAUUUUUGACUUAAGUUAUUAUGGGAGAUUGUUUUUGUUUUGUUAAUUACUAGCUAACAGUAGGAUGAAAUGCUUAAUGCUAUUGUUAUUGGAGAGUAAUAUGCUAGUUUUUAAAUUUUAUUCGAUGUGAAAAUAUUUAGGAACAAGUAUUUAUCUUAUUUAGCACAAAUAUAUAUAUUAAUAUAAUUUAGGAUGAUUUCAGCGAAUUGAAAUUUAGCGGUUUUUUUUGGGUUUUUUUUUUAAUAAAUUUCAGUUCUCUUUUA